AUGUCGAACGAAUCGAAUCGAUUUAUGGAAGAUGAAAUUGAACGAAUUUUUAAUGGUCAAACAUCGAUUACUAAAGAAAAAAUGAAACAAGCUUUAGAAGAAUUUCGAAUGGGUCGUGGUAGUGGUAAUCGUGGUCGUGGUGGAAUGAAUCGUCCUGGACCAAUACGCGACGAAAUGAAACAAAAAUUAACUCAACUAUUAGAAUCUGAAUUAGAUAAAAUUAAUUCAGAUACAAUAACAAAAGAACAAGCUAAAUCAACAUUAUUAUCGUUUGGUAGUCAAGCAAAAGAACAAUGGCAUACACAAAUAGAUAAUUAUAUUCAAACGUCUAUCAAAGAUGAAUUAACUAAAUUGAAUGUUCAAGAAUUAAAUGCUAAUCAAGCACGUGAUCUACUUCGUAAUAUUUCAAAUAAAAUGCGUCCAUCACAUGGUGGUGGACCAUCAUUGAUAGAUGAUAAUGUAAAACAUGAAUUUAUGAAUGAAUUUAAAACAAAAUAUGGUACAAAUAAAAUCAAUGCAGAUGAAGCUUGGGAAAUGAUAAAAAUAUUUGAUAAAAAACAGCACGAUAAACUGGGUUGUUGUGAAAAAAAAUCUGAUGGAAAAGAAGAAAAAGAUAAGAAAUGGGAAGAAUUAUUUGAUGAACAAUUUAAAGAAUUAUAUGGUGAUUUAAAUAAAACAAAAAUUAAUCAACAACAAUUAGAAGAUUUAGCUAAGAAAAUAAAAGAAAAACUUCGACAAGAAUGUCCACAACAUCCAGGAAAACGUUUUUGUCAACAUUAA